GGGAUGCGCUUAACGCCAUCUCCGGGCGCCCGGCUUGGGGGGGGCCGCUGGGUGUGGGGCGGCUCCGGGGCCGGGGAUGGCGGCGGCCGCGGUGGCGGCGGCUCCGGGACGAGCGGGAGGAGUCCAGGGAGCUCCGUGAGAUGGGCCGGCUCCCAAACCAGAGGGGAGGACACUUACUACAGCUGCUCAGAAGCACCACCAGAAGCUCAGAUGUGGGCACCACAGCCAGCAGCGGAGCGGAGUGCAAGGAAGCCACAGAGAAGUCAUUUCUGAUGCCCGAAGGAACAAGCACACUCCUUCUAGGCUCUGGGAACACCAUAAAGCAAUAUGAAACCUGUUCAUGAGCGGAGUCAGGAAUGCCUUCCACCAAAGAAACGAGACCUCCCUGUGACCAGCUGCUCCACAAACCACACACCCUCCAGUGAUGCUUCUGAGUGGUCCCGAGGGGUUGUGGUGGCUGGGCAGAGCCAGACAGGAGCCAGAGUCAGCCUCGGGGGUGAUGGAACUGAGGCCAUCACUGGUCUGACAGUAGAUCAGUAUGGCAUGCUGUACAAGGUGGCCGUGCCACCUGCCACCUUCUCACCGACUGGCCUCCCAUCUGUUGUGAACAUGAGCCCCUUACCCCCCACAUUUAAUGUAGCAUCUUCACUGAUUCAACAUCCAGGAAUCCACUAUCCCCCAGUCCACUAUGCUCAGCUCCCAUCCACUUCACUGCAGUUUAUUGGGUCUCCUUACAGCCUUCCUUAUGCUGUGCCACCUAAUUUCCUACCCAAUCCUCUCCUUUCUCCUUCUGCCAACCUUGCCACCACUCACCUUCCACACUUUGUGCCAUAUGCCUCCCUCCUAGCAGAAGAGGCUGCUCCUCCCCCACAGGCUGCAUCCCCAGCUCAGUCAUUUACCAAGUCCUCUUCGGCCACCUCCCCACCCGGCCAGUUGCCACAUCACUCGAAUACUCAACCACUGGAUCUUGCUCCAGGCCGGAUGCCCAUUUAUUAUCAGACAUCCAGGCUACCUGCUGGAUAUACCUUGCAUGAAACUUCCACAGCAGGUGCCAGCCCCAUUCUUACCCCUCAGGAGGGCCAGUCUGCUCUGGAAGCAGCUGCUGCCAAUGGACAGAGACAACGAGAGCGAAGUGUAAGACGAGAAAGUGAGCCCCUUGACUCCACCAGCAGCAAGGGUGAAAGCCAAGGACUGGUGCCAGUGGUAGAAUGCAUGGUGGAUGGACAGUUGUUUUCAGGUUCUCAGACUCCGAGAGUGGAGGUGGCGGCGCCAACACAUCGAGGGACCCCAGACACCGACCUUGAGGUCCAGCGGGUAGUCGGCGCUUUAGCUUCUCAGGACUAUCGUGUGGUGGCAGCUCAGAGGAAAGAUGAACCCAGCCCUCUUAACCUAUCCCAUCAUACCCUUGACCAUCAGGGUGAGGGACGAGGGUCAGCCAGGAAUCCUACAGAAGUGGUGGAGAAAAAUCAGACCCGUGUAUUCUACCCUCAGUCCCAUCAGGAACCAGUAAAACACAGACCUUUACCCAAAGCAGUGGUUGUAGCCAAUGGCAACCUGGUGCCCACUGGAACUGACCCUAGCCUGCUGCCUGUGGGCUCAGAGAUCCUGGUGGCAUCGAGUCUGGACAUGCAGGCCAGAGCCACUUUCCCAGACAAGGAGCCAACGCCACCUCCCGUUACCUCCUCCCACUUGCCCUCCCAUUUCAUGAAAGGCGCCAUCAUUCAGUUGGCUACGGGGGAGCUGAAGCGGGUAGAGGAUCUCCAAACCCAGGACUUUGUGCGUAGUGCCGAAGUGAGUGGGGGGCUGAAGAUUGACUCUAGCACAGUCGUGGACAUUCAGGAGAGCCAGUGGCCUGGAUUUGUUAUGCUGCAUUUCGUGGUUGGUGAACAGCAGAGUAAAGUGAGCAUCGAGGUGCCCCCUGAGCACCCCUUUUUUGUAUAUGGCCAGGGUUGGUCCUCCUGCAGCCCUGGGCGGACUGCACAACUCUUCUCUCUGCCCUGCCAUCGGCUACAGGUGGGAGAUGUCUGCAUCUCUAUCAGUUUACAGAGCUUGAACAGUAACUCAGUUUCUCAGGCCAGCUGUGCUCCCCCAGGGCAGCUGGGUACACCCCGAGAAAGGCCUGAGAGGACGAUCUUGGGGCCCAGAGACCUAUGUGACAGUGAGGGGAAGAACCAGACUUCAGGAGAGGGUUCCCGGGUGGGAGAGCCCUCCCAGCCUGAGCCUAGUGCUCAGGCCUGCUGGCCAGCCCCAAGCUUCCAAAGAUACAGCAUGCAAGGGGAGGAGGCACGGGCUGCGCUGCUCCGCCCCUCUUUCAUUCCGCAGGAGGUAAAGCUGUCCAUCGAAGGGCGUUCCAAUGCAGGAAAAUGAACCUCUUUCCCACCCCAGGACUGGGCUUUCUCCCCAGAGGUGAGCCUCACCGUGAGCAUUGAGAGGAUUUGCACAUGCCAAGCAGAGAGUGGCUCUCUUGGCAGUGAGAUCUGGGGGAAAUAGGCAUUAAGACAGCCUCCCAAAGCAGGAUGUGUUGCUCAUAACCCCAUGGCAUCCUCUCAGGAUAGCUCUAGAGCAUGCUGAGAUGGGGAAUUGAAGGCUUGGAGCAAGAAAGGGUAGGAGUGCACAUAGGAUAAGAAACAUUCCAAAAUCAGGGCCUCCCUGUUUGUUCCUACCAUCCCUGGCUCCUGCAAGGGAAGAACAGGCUUUGGGAGCCGGGGGCAGAGGGAGGAAGCAAAGAAAGAGCCAAAAAUGAUGGUCACAGCUUAUAGUAGCAGGAAAACUGUUUUCUUUCUUUUUUCCUGUCUCCCUCCCCUCCUUUGUGGUGGGAGGGCAGGAGGCCCAAUGGUUGAAAAUAAGAGGGUUCCCACCCAGAACUCUUCUUGUGAGAGACGUGCACUUUAAAGGGUGAUUUUGUUACAGAUGUUUAUGGCGGGGUUGGGGGUUGGGGAGCACCAUGAUCUAUGGAACUAUGCUUGGUCCUUUGCUUCUACCCGAUCCCAUCUCACCUCACCAUUCCGCUAUAAGGCUUUCUAGCAGUUUAGGGCCAGGAGAGAGAGAGAAACCCCUUUAAGUUUGAGAAUGAAGGACUGCCUUGCCAGGAACCCAUUCAGGGCUGUGGGGAAAAGAUUUGACUAAGAUGAUGGGACUUAGGCAAAGCUUUUGAAAGGCCUCUAACCUAAAUUCCCACUCAGCCUGCCAGGCCCGCUUUGAUACUUCAUUCAGUCUGUAGUAGUAACUUCAGGACCUGGAGGACCUUUUCCCCUGGGCACCUAUGCUCCUCCAUUGUCUGUCUAUGUUGUGCCUUAGCGCCUACACUGCCCCUACCCUUCUGCUGCCUGACCUCUGCAUGGUGUAUGACCUGGGCCUCAUGUGUAGCUGCACUGCCUUUGUCCACUAAGACCUCUAGUUUUUGGUGUCUAAGGGUCCCUGGUUUCCCUAUUAGCUAUAAUUUUUAUAUUUAGAAACUCAGAAUCAUGGCCUCUUCCACUGGCAGCAGUAUAGUGGAGAAACAAGAAAGAAACCAUGCCCUAGACUGGCCAUUUCCACUCCAGUGGAUUUUCUUGGCCUCCUCCCGUCCAAAUCCAUUGCCUCUGAGCACCUGGGCCUAAGCUGUAUCCUCCCAGUGUCAGCUCUGAAAGUCUAGAACAGUCCUUGUAACAUCUUAGCAGAUGUUUCCUUGUGUGGUGGUGGAUUCUUCUAGAAAGAGCAUCUUCUAUCUUGGUUGUAUUGGCUACCACCUGUCUUAUUCGUCCAUCUCCCUCCAGCUGUAGGAUUCCACUGGGUGUUAGGAUUUAGGUUCCCCUCCCCCAACAACUUUCAAGUGGUUGAGUAAUUUUUUGUGAAGGUUUUUUUUGGGGGGGGAGGGGUCUUUAGACUCUUGAAGGCAACUCAGGGUAUUGUCCACCCAACUAUGUAGUUAGACUUCUCCCAGGGAAUGAUUGUGGCAUUUCCUUCAUAGAUAGACUUGGACCAGCCGAGACCUGGCCUGUCACCAGGAGUCCUAUACUUCUGAAGUGUGAGCAAAACUUAAGGCAAGUCUUGUGAUCUCUCUUCACUUACUUCCUCCCCAGCUGCCAAAUGGGGAAAAUAAUCUUACCUACCUCCUGGGGGAGGGGAAGGUCUGAGAAUGGAGUCCUUCUUAGUGUUCAGGUGCUAAAGGUUAUUCUCCUUGGGGACAGAGUGACAGAAACUGGCUAGUUUGCUAUAAAUCCUACAUUCUGUUUCGUACCUUGAGAGCAGAUACAUGGUCAGUGAGCUUUUAGGGCGGACUCAAAGGAAGCUGCUUGACCUGACUGCAAGCACUGACGUCUCUGACCCUGUGCUGCAUUGGAGGUCACAUCCUUUCCCUUCUUUUGCCCCCAUUCUCUGCUGCUUCUCUGGCUUGUUUCCUACAGUGGGGGCCUGUGGGGUUGAGUCUUGAGGAAUUCUUGUCUCCUGUUUCAUGAACAACGCAUUCCUAGGUAUUACUGCAUGUGUGGGUUUCUCACAAGACCCCUUCUCAGAAGGUUCCUCAUGGAAUUUAGUGACAUGCACUGUAGAUGCUCAAGAAAUGUCUACCCAGGAUACCACUGAGCUUCCUCCUCAUGGGGCAGACAUGUAAUUGGUUAGUAGUUGAAGUCAAAUUGCUCUCUGCUUGGGCUGCCUGUAGCUGAAUCCUUGGAAAAAGAAAUCGUUGAGGCCCUUGACAAAUUGGGCAUUGACUUUUUUGCUAUGGUUCUUUUUCUUAUCCCUGCUUGGUUUAAAAAAAAAAAAAAAAGACAACUCCCUUAAUGUGGCGCCAUGCAUAUGUAACUUGAUUUUGCGGAGAGCUUUUUCCUGAAGUAUGCACCCUAGAAAAGAAACUGCUAAUGCUUGUCAGAGCUAUGGCAGUACUUGACCCUGAGUGUGUAAGAGGUGGGACUGGCUUUUAAAGUGAGCAUUCCAGUGGUUAGCUGUCAGCUUUUGGGGAUUGGGCGGUUGACAAAGAUCAGCCUGGUCCUGGUUAAUGGUAGGACUUUCCCAAAACUUGGAGAAAGAACUGCUAUCUGAGGCUAUCAGAAAUACCCAUGCCAAUAUAGAGGGGGAACUUGGUAAAAGAUGAUGAUCAUCCUUACCAAGAUGAGAAGUGGGGAAGGGCUUCGGGUCCUUAGAGCUGAGAGCUUCUACCCAAUAGAGAAGCCCAAGAAGAGCUAGACUGACCCCUUUACACUUACGGUCCCACUUGGUCUUAACACUAUGGGCUUUGUUUGCUUUGUGCUGCUUUGCCACGGCUGUUGUCUGCUCACUGUCCUGCCUGUUGCUCAUUAUAGCUCCUGUUCCUCAUGUCUCUGGCCAUGUAGACUCUCAGGCAUUCUGUCCAGUGUUCACCUGUGUUCCGCCAGUAUGACUGCACAACACAGUCAUAUUCAACAGUGAAGGUGUGAAUGCUGUUGAUGGGCUGGGAAAUUGGAAAGGAUGCGGCUUCAGUGCUCUCAGGAACCCUUAGGCUCCAAAAAUUUGCCUGCCUUGAGAGAAAAACAAACAGGUCUUUUCUCUCCCCUUUAUGGUACUUCUCAGAACAAGAGGAACCAAGUUAGGGCUUGAGCCAGCGUCCCAGUGCAUUUGUCCAGCCCCAGAUUCUGGGACUAAGAAAGUGAGGUUUGGCUGAAAGAGCUCAGGUUGGGCUUCAUUUCAUUUUCACCAGUGGGUGUUAUAGGCCUUCUAAAAACAGAAUGGUAACAUAAUUCAACCUGCAUUGAGCCGGGAUUUUGAAGAGUUGAGUGGUCACACUGGUGUGAACUGAAGAUGGACAUUGGGAAAGGCUCAAGCCAUUGGGAUAAAGAUAACCAGAUUGAUCCAUUGGCUAUGGGAACUUAGGCCACAGGUUUAGUUAGAAUCAAGCAGGAUAAAGGCCAUGUUUUAGAGAUGGGUUAACUUCCUAGAACUAAGUUUACUAAACUACACUGAAGCUAUUAUACUUUCUAGAUCAGAAAAAAUACACUACAGUUGAAGAGCUGAAUUCUAUUAUGGAUGGAUGGAUGUUGUGAGCCCCUGCUUAGAAGCCUUCACCUUCUAGCUCCCUGGGGUAGGAAAGGUCCCCGCAUCAUGCAAUAAUAAAAUAAGCAUCCGAGUCUUUGCAGCUGUCAGUUGUUUUUUCAACUCUAGGAUCCAUCUUUGGACCAAAAGUCUGGUCUGGGCCUAGGAUGACAUUGGCCCUUGAUGCUAGAGUUGGCUGCAUUCUCUCCUUCCCUGCAGACUAUGCACAGUUCCCGGAGCAGAGGGAGAGGUGGUGUGGCUUGCCCUGCUGAGCCUUCUCAGCAGGAAUAAUAGUAAUAAAUGCACUUUUCACACUAAAGGUUUCGUUGUUAGUUCUCCUGUUAAGCCCAGAUCUUUCCCUAGUAGAUUGCAGCUCAACAGUCUGUGAUCCCAAAGCCAUUCCACUGUAAAUGCCUGGCAGGAAAGAUGGCCCCAGACUGGGUUCCUGCCUGCAGUGUGUGUGGCAGUAGCCCAUGUGCCUUUACCUAAUGUCAGAUUUGCAAGCGUUUAGUCUGUCUUUAUGUUGGGGGGGUCUUAGGUACUUCAGAGAGAGAACUGGUAACAGUGAUUUUAUGCCCACCCCACCCCCUGCCAGGGACUUUGCUCGUACUUGUAAAUGGUGAGGGUUGGUGAGCUGCUGGUAUUGCUGAAGGCAGGGCGGACCCCUCACUUGCUCAUAGUGCACUCACUGAAUUGGAUUGGGGAAGAGACUGACUGUACUCACGGCUAACUUGAAGUAUUAAAACAAGGCUAUCCUCUACACACUUCCUAGUCACGCAGGAUCCCUGUAGCCAAAACAGUAUAUGUUCCAGCUGCGAGAGCAAACUGCUCUCAGCUUGCAUAGCACCUUAGGGGAGGGAAGAUAAUGGAUAGGUAAUCGGGUGGAGGAAGGAUGGUAAUUUUGUCAUCCAGGUGGCUUUAGGGUCCUAAGGAGUAGAGAAGAAUGGCACUGGGGAGGUCUGGAUGGAUCUGGUUUGUGUAGGAGUUCCUGUAGAUAAAUUACUGGUCCCCCCAACCACUAUCCCCAGUAUGUAAUGGCUGAAUUAAUAUGUAAUCAACUGCAUUGUAUCUAAAGCCUUAGAACUAGUCAGGUGCUCCUCCCACCCAAUACCGUUUCUUACCCUCUAAUCCUACCUGAUCUUUAACAAAGCAUUAAUAAUUCUAAGGAUAAUCUCUAUUUUGUUGUGCUUUUUUGUAACUGUUUUAAAUAAAUCAAUUUGUACUGUAUAUUUGUACUUUUGUGAGAUCCUUUUUGCUGUUUUACCAUUUUAAGUCUCUGUACUUGGCUACACACAGAUUGUAUUUUUAUUGUUAAUGCUCUCUUCUUAUGGAUACCUGCAUUUAACUUGUGGACUAUGUAAACACAAUAUAUAUCAAUAUCUAUAUAUCUAUAUAUCGAUCUAUAUAAACUACUAGCUUUUCCUU